CUGGAGUGAGUGAAGAGAGAUUUGGAUGGAAAUGAAGGCGGUGGUGUAUUGUAUCGGUUUUUUGCUACUAUUUGUUUGGCUUUCUCCAAGCCAAGCACUUUAUUUCCACAUCGGAGAGACAGAGAAGAAAUGCUUCAUAGAAGAAAUACCUGAUGAAACCAUGGUGAUUGGAAAAUACAAAACACAACUUUGGGACAAACAGGCUGGCUCUUUUCUCCCAUCCACCCCUGGUUUAGGCAUGCAUGUGGAAAUCAAAGAUCCUGAGUCGAAGAUCAUUCUUUCUCGUCAGUAUGGCUCAGAUGGCCGCUUUACCUUUACAUCCCACACGCCAGGCGAGCAUCAAAUUUGCCUUCACUCCAACUCUACCAAGAUGGUGCUGUUCACUGGUGGAAAACUGAGGGUGUACCUGGACAUUCAGGUUGGUGAGCACACCAACAACUACCCAGAGAUCGCCGCCAAAGACAAGCUGACUGAGCUGCAGCUGAGAGCCAGACAGCUUCUGGACCAGGUGGAACAAAUCCAGAAAGAGCAGAACUAUCAGAGGUACCGUGAGGAACGUUUCAGAAUGACCAGCGAGAGCACGAACCAGCGCGUUCUCUGGUGGUCUAUCGCUCAGACCAUCAUCCUCAUCAUCACCGGCAUCUGGCAAAUGAGACAUCUCAAGAGCUUCUUUGAGGCCAAAAAGCUGGUCUGAAGAACAGACAGAUCUACAGAGAUGUGAGCUCGAGCAUGGAAACACUCAAUGCUUCAUUCCAGCAUUUUUUUUUUUCAAACUAUUCCGUUUGGUUCAACUUUAGCUUAAGCAGAUAAACUCAGAGAUUUCACAACACAAAAGGACUUUCAGAUGCAAGAAGUUGAAUUUAGUCUUUAAUGUGCAGAAUAUUAAAGGGAUAGUUCACCUAAAUAUUUUUACUCACCCUGAUGUUGUUCCAAACACGUAUGACUUUCUUUCUUGUGUGGAACACUAAAGGACAUGCUAGGCAGAAUGUUAGCCUCAGUCACCAUUCACUUUUAUUGUAUGGAAAAAUAAUGCAGAUGGAACAACACGAGGGUGAGUGAAUGAUGACAACUCUAUGUUUUGGGUGAACUAUCUCUUUAACCUCCCUUGUUAGAUGGCUUUAUUCUGCUGUAUCCAACUGUAUGUAUUAGCCCUUAAAACCUAAUUAUAUUUAUCAUGAAUUAAUCACGAUCAUAAUAAUUGCUUAUAAUUUAGGAUGUCGCAUCAAGUUACAAAGGUACAAAGGUAUUAUUACUAAAACGUCUGAAAUGAGAAGGAAAUUAAUGGUAUUCCUUUAAGGUGAUGAUUGUUAUGGGUGCAUGGAAAUUACUGUUCACUUUUAGAUUUGUUUUUAACUAAAAAAUGUGAAGAAUCAAGCCAGCUAUUCAUUUCAACAUUUCUGCCCUUUUUACAUACUGUAUGUAUUUUAUUCAGGUAUAUUAAAAUCUGUAGCUUUGUUUUCACACCCUCUGCUUUUCUGUCUUUAAAACAUUUAUAUACUUUGAAAUAGGCUUGAUAUCCUAUACAAGUAGUUUUAUAUCCUGACCAUAAUUGAUUCUAGCUGAAAUUUGUAUCUAUUUUGACCAAAAAUAAAUGCAUAUUUAUUUUAAUUUUGUUUAACAGGGUUUACUAAAUCUAGAUGAACUGUUUCUGUUAUAAAUGUACUGUUUCUUGUUUUUGUGAUUUAUUUAUUUACUGAAUGGACCACCGGUUUGAAAUAUAAUUUCAAUAGACUCAAUAAGCAGGAAUUUGUGUUGAAAAAUAAAUGUAAAAUGUUUUCAGGGUUUUUCUUCAAUCCCAAGACUGUCUGUUGUCUAUAUUUAUAGUUACUUCACCUAAAAAUGACAAUUAUUGCAUCAAUUACUCACCCUUAUGCCAUCCCAAAUGUGUAUGAUUUUCUUCUCUGUAGGUCCAUACAAUGCAAGUGAAUGGUGGCCAGAACAAUGAAGGUCCAAAAAGCACAUAAAUGCAUCAUAAACGUAAUCCAUAAGACUCAUGAUUAAAUCCAUGUCUUCAAAAGCGAUGCAAGUGUGGGUGAGAAACGGAUCAAUAUUUGUCCUUUAUUUUACUAGAAAACUUAAAAAAAAAUAAAAAUGUGGGCAAUUUGCAUUCUUUAUGUAUAUCGCCACCUAGUGGGCAGAAAAGGACUUAAAUAUGUAUCCGUUUCUCAUCCACACCUAUCAUAACACUUAUGACAUGCAUUUAACCUCUGUAGUUGUAUGGAUUACGUUUAUGCUGCCUUUGUGCUUUUUGGACUUUCAAAGUUCUGGUCACCAUUCACUUGCAUUGUAUGGACCAGCAGAGCAGAGAUUUCAUUAUAAAAAUAUUUUGUUUGUGUUCAGCAGAAAAAAAGAAUAUCAUGAGGGUGAAUAAAUGAGAGAAUUUGAAUUUUGGGGUGAAAUAUCCCUUUGAAGAUGAUGUUUGUGAGGUGAAAAUGACAACAUUCUCCAUGUGAUGUAAAUUGUUGAAGGUUAUGAUGCAGCUCAGCGUUGUCAACGGUGACAUUUGAUCUUUGUAAUAAAUGGUGUAUAUUGGAGCAGAGAGUGCAUGCACAUACUAGACAUGGUACUACAGUACUUUACAUUUAUCAUCACCCUUCAUCAUUGUUGCAGAUGGGUUCUGAAAACACUGUUGAAUGUUCAUUUGAAUUAAAUGUCUUUCAUUUAA